AGAAUGCAUAGCAUAGAUUUGGAAUAGGAAAGAAAUAAAAAUGACAAAUAUCAAACAGAAAGAGCUUCAGAGUUUUCAGAAUCAGAAUCACAGUGAGAGAACAAAUGAAAAUGAAAAUGAAAAUGGAAGAUCCUUAGUCACAGUCACAGUCACAGACAGCCCUUAUCCUCCUCCAACGGCUCUCUACCAAGACCUUACUCGUGAUGCAAACCUCUUCUGGGAAAAGCUUCAAUCUUUUCACAAUUCAUAUGGCACCAAAUUUAAGGUUCCUACUAUAGGAGGAAAACCACUAGAUCUUUAUCGUCUUUUCAUAGAAGUAACAUCUCGUGGUGGUCUUGAAAAGGUGAUUGCAGAUCGUAAAUGGAAGGAAGUGAUUCUAAUGUUCAAGUUCCGGGAUACCAUAACGAGUGCAUCAUUUAUGGUGCGCAGAUACUAUCUAUCGUUGCUUUAUCACUUUGAGCAAGUGUACUACUUUCGGAAGCAAGUUCCUCCUUCCUUGACACCUGAACCUUUGAAUAGGAGCCUUGUCAAUUGCUCCACAACCAUUAGGGAAGGUGCUGCUGUGAAUGAUUUACCUGUUCAGGCUAGUCCGGUGCAGCUGCAUGGUUCUGUGGUACCGGGAACAAUUGAUGGCAAAUUUGAUGGUGGAUAUGUAGUUACAGUGAGUCUGGGUUCUGAACAGCUGAAAGGUAUUCUGUAUCAUGUUCCUAACAAUGUGUCCCAGAGUUCUUAUGCUGAAGGCAUGUCUAGUUCGCGGAAUCGCAAGAGAUCAAGAUUGGCAUUACGCGAUCCAUCUCGGCCGAAGUCAAACAGGAGUGGCUACAAUUUCUUCUUUGCUGAGAAUUAUGCCAGGCUAAAGCCCUCAUUUUAUGGGCAAGAGAGAGCAAUUAGUAAGAGGAUUGGGUUUCUGUGGAGCAAUCUCACUGAAGCAGAAAGACAGGUUUAUCAGGAGAAAGGGCUGAGAGAUAAGGAAAGAUACAGGGCUGAAAUGUUGGAAUACAAAUCCAAUAAUUCAACUCCUCAAUAGACUCUUUUAUAUGGAAUUCUUUGACUGUCAUUUCAUAUGUUUUUUCAUCUUUGGUUCUUGUUAUAGUUGAUUUUCUUUGUCAUUCUACAGAAAAUUUCCCCUUGGGAAAACUGAUAGCUAUGAUAGGUAGUUUUGUGACAAUUCUGGUGCAAAUUGUGAUGAAUGAUUUUGCAAAACUUAUUGUAACAAUUCAGUUUAUCUUAGUUACUCUAAAAUCAAGGAUGUUUCAUUCAAUUUA